AUGCAACAAACAGAGCCCGAAUUCUACACCGACGAAAUAAUCAAAGGAUUCAUUUUGGUGUUGCUGGUUGCGGGGAGUGACACGUCAUCAACAACCCUAGAAUGGGCAAUGGCGCUGUUGCUAAACCAUCCAGGGCAAAUGGAGAAAGUGAGAGAUGAGAUAGAGACCAAGGUUGGAGAAAAGCGUGCGUUGGAAGCGCAAGACUUGCCAAAGCUGUGUUACUUGCAAAAUGUGAUCAAUGAGACACUCCGCUUGUACCCACCUUUUCCAAUUCUGGUGCCCCGUGAAGCCUCCGAGGACUCUCUGGUGGGGGGAUUUGACGUGCCACGUCAUACAAUGCUGGUGGUGAAUGCGUGGGCCAUCCAUAGGGACCCUGAGGUGUGGGAGGACCCCACAAAGUUUAAGCCAGAGAGGUUUGAAAGAUGGAUUGGUGAUGGAGGGCUUGAAGGAGGAUAUAGGCUAAUCCUGUUUGGGGCUGGAAGGCGCGGAUGUCCUGGGGCUGGCUUAGCAAACAGGUUGGUUGAACUGGCUCUUGGAAAGCUUGGUUCAGUCAUUUGA